GAUCAAUACUAUGCUAGUAGUGUGAUUUCAGAGCUCGUUGUGUAUGGACGUGCGCACGAUCCGUGGUAAAGCUCGUAUUCGGACAAGUUUUGAGAUUAAUUUACAUACUAUAGACUCAGUGGACGCUGUGAAUGUCAGGGACCUACAAUGAUGAAUGGUAAGACGAGAGCAACGACGCGGUUAGUAAACCUGUUAAUAGUUUUCGUCUGCCGGCUCGCUGGGAAUUCCGUCUAUGGAGAAUUGUUACCCGAUCAUGUGCCCUUAUCACGAACCACUUCGAUCAAUCCGCUUAUGCCGAAUAACGAGCAAAGUGUCAAAGAUUGCCUGUACACGAACUAUCCGUACGCUACACGAGGAUUAGCCAGCUCGAUUUUCGCGGAACCUUAUCGGGACAAGACCUUUGCACAUGUCGUCAAACUUGACACCGUUGAAGAGUCGGAUUGUGUCGGUGUUAUCGUAGAUCAGUUACACAUUCUGACGACGAAACAGUGCGCACAGCUGCAGCCUCAGACUAUCAGUUUUCAGAAUGAAACACUACCGCGCUGGGGCAUUCUCAACACCAAGUACCACAUUAGCCUUGAUGUCGCCAUUCUGCAGUUGAGGACCAACUUGAGUAUUGACGAACAAACCACACCCACUUGCUUUUGGAAUGCAGCGACUUCUGACGGAUUUUCCUCUCUUCAGCAUAUUGCUAUAGACAAUCAUAUCGACAAUUUUACUAUCAGCACUACAAAAUGUGAACGCAGCCUGCGACGACAGUGUUAUGAAAACUCUCGAAUGAAGCCAAAUGGUUUUGUGCAGGUCCAAGCCAUUUCCAACUACAGAGAGCAUCCAUUCCUAUUAGCGCUGGGUUCUGGAAGCGACGGGUCCCUGUUGGAGGUGUCACAAUAUUUGAACUGGAUUCAAACGGAAACGGGCAUCAGCGUUGAUCCGAUAGAGUGUGCCAUUAGAUACUACAGGCUUCGUGAGUAUGACGAUCAUGUGGCCGUUAGGGAUUCCGAAUUUCGGACAGUGCAGCUGCAGAAUGCAUACGUAUCGUCCGCAACCAACAACAAAUACAAGGCUAUCAUUGGCCAUUACGUGGAGGAUCCGGUAAUAGAAACCGUUGUAACCUACAGCUGUUACGGUACAUUGAUUCACCGGCAGUUUGUGCUAACCUCGGCGGACUGCAUUGACAGUUUCAAAAAUGAAUCACUCUUAGUUCAAAUGCAUCAAGAGAAGAAGUUCCAACUGUCUUCUGAUCCGGAAUAUUUGCUGCAGGAGAAAAGCACUUACUUGGAGCAGGUAACGGUUUCUCAGGUAUUCAUGCAUCCAGAGUUCAGCAAAGCUCCACUGAAAAAUGAUUUGGCCAUUUUGCAACUGGAUCCAGUAGAGCUAAAGUUUAACCAGUACUUCAGACCAGCAUGUCUUUGGUCGCAUGAUUCUGUGGAGAUUAAACAAUUUCAAACCAAUGGUCACGGUCCGCUAAGGACGGUCCAAACACUCGAUGAUCGAGUUGAACUAUUGAUCAAGGACAGAACCGAAACAGAACUCUACCUGAUAUCAAAAGUGCUGAAGGACUGUCCAAUGGAGUUGUCCAACGACCAAGUUUGUGUAGGCGAAGAUGCCACUCUGGUUCCUGGUACUUGUAAAUCCAACCAGGGUUCAGCGAUGUCUCGUGAGCUAGGCGCUAUACUGGACGCUUACUAUGACUACGUAUUUGCCAUCAGCAGCAAAGGAGAAGACUGCGGGCUUAAUACGCCUUCAACGUUUACCCGGAUUGCGCCGCAUAUAAAAUGGAUUGACGGUGUUGUUUUUGGAGACAAUGUACAAUUCAACAACUCGGACAUCUACUACGGCGAUGAAUGCCUGCUCCACAACGGCGCAUCGGGAGUAUGCCUAACAGUGCCGGAAUGCCCUGGAAUUGUGGACGAAUUGAUUGGGCCAUCCACCGCACAAGUAAAGAAUUGUGGAUUUAUGAAGGAUGAAGUCUUAGUUUGCUGCUCGGCGUCUGAUUCAGCUCAAAAAACUGAACUUUCAAGCACUCGGCUCGAUGAGAUAGUGCAGGAAAUCGAAGACUGUCCCAAUCUUUAUGCGGAUCUUCGGAACAAUAGGUCCCCGUACGAUUUCAGGAAAGGGCAAGUAACGUUUUUGGGUCUAAUCAAGUCACAUUCUUCAUCAACCACGUGUGACACCACUUUGAUUUCCAAAAGCUUUGUCAUCACCUCCGCAAGCUGUCUCAAGAGGUUUUCCAGCGAUGAACGGUUAUUCGCCAUCAUCGGACAGAAUACGACUCAGCAAAGUGACGUUGAGAAAACCGUAGUCCAUCCUCUCUACGAUUUGGGCAGUCACGAGAAUAAUCUAGCGCUUUUGAAGUUGACGUUACCAGUUACCGUAUCUCAUGAGGUGAUUCCAGCGUGUUUGUGGAAAAGCCGUUCACAUGUUCCGUUUGCUCUGGAAGUUCUCGGAACCAAGGACCAAUUGUUCGAUCUUCAGGCUUAUCCACUAUAUCAACAGCGGUGCGAGGAGUUACGAUUUCCCAAUGUGACAUCCACGGAACUUUGCGUUGCGUUCGAGGGAUAUUACGGUAGGGACAAGCCCAGCAUCUGUCAUGAUGCGGGAAGUGGAGCCUACAACUACUACGCUCACGGAUUGUACGAGAAACAGGUUGCUUAUUUGGUAGGAGUCUACACCCGAGGAACGGACUGCGAAGAUGAUGCGGUAGCGGUGUUCACCAGGGUAAGUCAUCAUUUUGGAUGGAUCAAAAGUGUAGUCUAUCGAUUGGCUUAGUGUAUUAAAGUAGCGAAUACCAUA